UCGUAGCUAUGUCUUGAAAAAUAUGGUUGGUUGUGCGGCACCAAAUUGCAAUAACUCGUCCCGGAAAAAUUUUAGACUUUUUAGAUUUCCACGUGAUGAAAGUCGAAGGAAAACUUGGAUAGACAAUUGUAAAUUAGAAAAAUCUGAAGCUGCUCCUUACACCAGAUUAUGUGAGAUACACUUUGAAGAAAGCCAAUUUGAACUGCACCGGCAAGACGGUUGGAGGAAAUUAAAACCAAAUGCAAUUCCCACGAUAUUCCCGGAUCCUCCUGAAACACCUCGAAAAGAAAGGAAAGAAAAGGCUGCUUCACGUAAACGUAAGCGAUCAAGUUCUGUGGAGCCUGCAGUGACUCCAAGAAGAAGUAGCAAGAAGAAGAGUUUAGCAAGCCAUGAUAGCACUGCAGAUAAAAAAAGGAAAUCUGGACGCAAAAAGCUUAAAGAAUCUCCAUCCACUCAGAAAAAGAAACAUGGUGGAUCUUCACAACAGAAAGAAAAUGUUUCGCCUCGUCUGCGCAGCAAAAAGCUGGUCAAAAAAGAGCAGGUUAUUUCUGAUGAAUCAGAGGAAGAAUCGGAAGAGGAUGAUGAAGCAGAGCAACAAAUGGCCUUUUUGAAGAGGGAGAACGAAUGUAUGAAAAAAGAAAUCCAAGAAUUUGAGAAGCAUAAUCGAGCCAUGAGCCGUGUCAUUCUGGAACUGGAGAAGGCGAACAAAGCAAUGAGCAUAAAAUUGCAAGAGCUGGAUAAAGACAACAAAAUUUUGACCAAGAAAGUGAGUGACCUGGAAAGAUUGAAUGAAGACCUAAAGACAAAGCUGAAUAACUCUUUUUCAGAAGAACAGUUUGCAAGAUUGGAUAAAAUGAAACAGCUAGGAAAAAUUGAGAGGUAUAUACCAGCCAUAAAAUAAGGCUAAAUUUUACAAGUUUACUUGAAAGGAUGACAUGAAAAAUGUUUCUGGUGUAUGACAUUUCUUUUGCUGUCUGUGCAUAUGAUAGAAUGUUAGGUACUGUUGAAUGAGACUGAAAUCAUUCUCGUUUAAAGAUGAGACAUGACCAGAGUAUAAAUAUAUAGUAAAUUCAUAUUCAUUACCAUCAAUUUCACUGUUUACAUGGUUUCGGAUCAAGAAGCAUUGGAUUUUAGAUCAAGAUGAAGGAAAACAAACUUUUUAACGUUGGUAGGUUGCUUGUCAGGAUGAAAACUUCAUACAUAUUGAAAAGCCAUUUUGAAACUAAUGCCACCUGGUUUGGUUAUAUCUGCCUUCAAAAGCAUAGUUGCUGUAGAUUGCAUCAACUGGAGUAUGGAAUUAAUUCAAAGGAAUUAUUUCCUUUCCAUGGGAAUAUUUCCUAAAGGAAGUCCGGUU